CGGCCGAUGGCUGCGUGCUCAAGCUUGCUGUUCCCCCCACUGGGUCGAUCCUGGCUCUACGGGCGCGGAACGCAAACCAGCGCCGACUGAAUGCCGUCGCGCGCUGCUCGCACCCUCCAGACGGCUUCAUCUGGACAUGCAGAUGGACGCACCGCACGGCCCAGAGCCAAAUCCAGCGCACGCAUACACCCAACAGCGCACGCACACAUCCGACAGCGCACGCACGCACACACCGCGCCGCACCACGCCGUGCUGCACAAUGAUGCCGCAGCCGAAAAACAUCAUCGACCUCAGCCAGCCGCUCGCGACGGACAAGGUGUACGCCUGCGAGGGGCAUCCGCGCUUCAACGUGUGCUGCAUCUUGCACGUCUCCAAUGGCACGUUCGCGACCGUGCACAGCCUCGCGCUCGCGACGCACACCGGCACGCACGUCGACGUGCCAUACCACUUCUUCGCGGACGGCGCACGCGUCGGCGCGCUCGACCUCGCGCUCCUCACCGCCAUGCCCGCUGUUGUCGUGGGCCUCCGCGCUAAGGGGCCCCGCGAGAAGAUCACGCGGGACGACCCCCGCCCGUACGCGGUCCGCAUGCAGCACGACAUCUGGAUGGGCUGCUCGCCAUUGACCAGGAGAGGCUGAAGGUCAGCUUUACACCUCUGAAUUUCGUCGAUUGUGAUGGGAGCCCGAUUCGUGCUAUUGCUUGGGAGGAGAAGUAGGAGAGCGAAGGAAAGGAGAAACAUUAGUCCAUCUCAUACCCUACAUGUACCCAGCUGCGUGGCGCCUCCCCAAGCACCUCGUACAUCUCGUAUGGCUUGAUGCCGUUCCAGGUGGCUAGUCGAGGCCCCGCGGCUUGCACAGGAGCGAG